UGAAAAAGGGGGGCUUUCUCUCUAGUUACACGAAGCUAACGGCAAAACUUUCGCGUUUCGUGCUACUGAGAAAGCUACAAGUGAGGGGCAGAAUUUCACUUUAUCGACUCCCGUAGGCGGGUUUUAUUCAGCGGCGGCCAGGCUCGCUGUCACCGUGUCUGCGUGAUGACUGUUUACGGUUUACUUGUAGCAGUAGCCUAAUUUUUGUCCCCCCCCCACCACCACCCCCCGAGUCAAUCGAUGUAACAGCUAGCUGGCUACCAACGCCAAGCUAGAGAUGACACUUCCGCUAAAGCGUUACACAAUAAAAGACCAACCGUUUUUUUAUUGAACCUGUUGUCCCUCAGUUAUUCGACUUCCGGGUUUGGGAUUGGUAAAAUUAAUCAAAGUUUAAUUAAAGUAAAAAAACUAUUUUCAAAAAAUUGCAUUGAUGCAUGGGGCGAGACAUUUUUAAAUGUUUUAAUUUUUCCAAAUAUGCUGAAAUUACCCAAUGACACACAUUCAAUAAACUCAUGUAGAACAACGUGAGAUUUCUCACCUAUUAGUUGUUGAAAAUAUUUUUAUUUUGUCUAGUUGUUAUACAAAACGGUUUAUACAACAAUAGUUUAGCAGAUACUAGUUAAUGUAUUUAAACACCAACAUUUUGAAUCGUGACUUAUAGAACUUUUUCUUUUUAUAUUUCUCGCACCUUCGGUACCUUUAGUCCGUGACACUCUCACGCCAACUUCCUGUCUUGUCGCGGCCGUUGACGCAGCCGCGUCGUCCUAUGUUUUUCCUCGCGGAUGUAGCCCUCUUUGCCCCGGCCAAACGGGCAGGGCAGUGAUGUGGCCGCGCGCCGUGGCGGAGUGAUUUGCGCGACGACAAAGAGACGAGCUGUUGUUAGCAGGGAGAUCCCAUUACAGAGGACGCAUGUUGUAAUAUGGUCGAAACAAAAGCGUAAGAAGCGAUAGGCCCGCCAGCCAAAAGCAAAACAAAAAGCAAAACCAAUGCUAAAAUCUGAUCACGCGCAGUAACUUUUUAGUGGACUUAUAGGCUACUCGCGUGGGAAAUGGAGAAGAAAAGGUGGGAUUGCACUGCUCUCCCCAAGGGCUGGAAAAUGGAAGAAGUGACCAGAAAGUCGGGUUUGUCAGCUGGAAAAAGCGAUGUCUAUUAUUUUAGCAGAGGAGACGAGCAAGAUGAGGAACAGAGUCCAUCUGGGAAGAAGUUUCGGAGCAAGCCUCAGCUGGCCCGUUACCUUGGUAACCAGAUGGACCUGAGCUCCUUCGAUUUCCGCACGGGGAAGAUGCUGAUGAGCAAGCUGAACAAGAACCGGCAGAGACUGCGCUAUGAUAACAACAACCAGAAUAAGGGCAAACCGGACCUGAACACGUCGCUGCCAGUCCGGCAGACGGCCUCCAUCUUCAAGCAGCCCGUCACCAAGGUCACCAACCACCCCAGCAACAAAGUGAAGACGGAUCCUCAGAAAGCCGUCGAGCAGCCCCGACAGCUUUUUUGGGAGAAGAAACUCGGUGGUCUCAAUGCUUACGACAUCGCAGAAGAGCUGGUGAAAACGAUGGAACUACCGAAAGGCCUGCAAGGAGUGGGCCCAGGCUGCACGGACAAGACUCUCCUGUCGGCCAUUGCGAGCGCGCUGCACACCAGCGCCGCUCCCAUCACCGGCCAGCUGUCCGCCGCUGUGGAGAAGAACCCGGGAGUCUGGCUCAACACCACGCAGCCGCUGUGCAAGGCCUUCAUAGUCACCGAUGAGGACAUCAGGAAGCAGGAGGAGCUGGUGUACAGCGUGAGGAAAAGGCUGGAGGAGGCGCUGAUGGCCGACAUGUUGGCGCACGCAGAGGAGAACGCCAGCGACGGGGAGGCUCUGAAAGAGGAAGGCAACAGCAGCGAAGACAUGGAGAGCGUAUAGCAGUUGGGUUCUGGAGCCGUUGUCAUUGACGCGCUGCGUCUUCUCUGCGUCCUCUCGCAGGGGGGGGGGGGUUUGAUCAUCGCACAGCCACGAGCGGCCCGGGGACACGCAGCAGCCCCGACGAACUUUCCCUGUGUGCCCGCGUCCCCGCUUCCACCUUUUUUUUUUACCCAGAGUGCACCAGUCCAGAAAAGAACUGCCCCUUUCGCCUGAACCCGAAACACUUGUGAGUCUGUGGCGUCGCCGCAGGAUGCGACGCCUCGAACCGCCUUUCGAUUGGAGAGCCGGUUCGUUUUUGAGUAGAUCAUUAAAAAGAAAUUCCCCUGAACUUCCAAAUAUAAAACAUAACUUAUCUGCAGUGUGUCAAAAUGUAAUGUUUGAUUAUAUUUUUUUUUUAACUGAACGGCUCUGAAUGGGUUUGUAUUUUUGGGGUGACAAUCGAACAUUUUCUGCUUGUGCUGUUUUCUGUCCUUUUUUUUUUAUUUUGGGCCGAAAUGGAAAUGAAUGUUUUGUAUUUUCGGCGCGUCUGAUUCUGUAAUUUCACGAUGCACUACACGAGCCGCCGGACGCAAAACCCUCUUCUAGUGGAACCAGCCGAGCUGCAACGGGGCUCAUUUCCAUCAGUCAUAAAGCUGAUGAUGCAAACGCAGGUUGUUGUAGUUUGACCCCCUCCCUCCCGCCAACCCUUGGUGCUUUUACAAAAUAUUUAAACAAUGAGAUUUCUGAUAAAUGGUCAUCAGCGGCGUGCACGUGGGUGGCGGUGAAUAGUAGAUCAGCUGAUUCUAAAGCAAUGUCAUUUUAUUGUAUUACGGCCUUUAAACGGAGGAAGGACGAUCUCUAGCCUCGUGCACGGCGUCAGUAUCAUAUUGCCCCGCCCUCAGCGCCCCGGGGCUGAGCAAUGGGUGGUGGGGGUGGGGGGGGGGGGGGAGGGAAUCACUUGAAAGCUGUUUCUGUCGUAGAAGUGUUUUAAACUCUUCUCGUGUUUUUAGGUGCUUACUGAUGUCGCUUAGGCUCCGUUUCCAUUGCGUCCCUUUUAAUGUGUCAAUGUUGUUGCCACACAAAAAGCUCCUCUUGAUCCCACGCACAGAUUAUAGUCAACGUCCAGUGUGGAUGUGGUGUAGUUGGAGAUGUGAUUACUGAGGAGUCAUGUUUUUAUCCCUGUCUGUUGAGGUGUGAUGGUGAAUAAUGUACCCAGCUGAAAUCACGUCUGGUUGCUGAAAUGAAUUUGAUUGUAUAACAUAUUAAAAUGAGUGAAUAUGUCAAA